UCUUUAGAGUACAAUUAUAUCGCCGUUUUUAACGCUUUAGCUGGUGUAGCUGCAAUUUUGUCAUCAUUUAUUUGACUACCAACCGGCAAUUACUUUUUCGACGAAAGAAACCGUAGCUAAUUUCGUUUUGUUUGUAGCCUUUUUGCCUCAAUCACAACUUGGAAAUGAUGGGAAAAUAUUUGGUGAUUUUGAUCGUUGUAUUGAGUCAUGAAGCACAAAACUCAAAGGAAAAUGAAAACGUUGGACUGUCCCAUGCAACAAUUAGGUAUUGCAAAAACAUGACCUGGAUGAAGAAAUAUCAGAGACAGUAUUGCUAUAGUUACCCCAAAAUGAUCGAUGUCAUCAAAGAAGGUGUGAACACAGCUUUGAGCAAAUGUAGAGAUCGGUUUCGCUCAGAAAGGUGGAACUGCACUCCUUUGAACUGGGAACAAGUCUUGAGUGGUGGAGGAUUGUUGAAAAAAGCCUCGGCAGAAACGGCGUAUGUCCAAGCGUUGACUGUGGCCAGCGUCAUGAUAACGAUUGCACGUGUCUGUAGACAAAAGUCGACUAAGUAUUGCGGUUGUGGCGUCCUGGGGCGAAGACAAAGCUCUGACCCGGCAAUAUUGGAAGGUUGUUCAUACGACGUCGACUUCGGUGAAUAUCUCGCCAAGAGCAUCAUGGGACCGAAUAACGGAAAGUCCCACAAGAAAAGGGCAAAGCAACAUAAUCAAAUGGUUGGUGUCAAGCUUGUGCGUAGAAGCGUGUAUCGGAAAUGCGAAUGCGUUUCAUUACUGGUGGAAAACUGCUGGCGAAAAAUAUGCAUUUGGAGUGUUCCCUUCACACUUGAGAAGAUCGAGAGGGAACUUUGGAGACUGUACGAGAAUCCCACGCGAACUCGUUGGAACAGGACAAGCCACGAACUGUAUCCGAAAGUGAAAUCUUCCACCCGCGUAAAAAAGAAAUGGCUAAAAGCUCGUAAAAGGAUCAAAGGAAAACUUGUAUAUUUUAAGCGAUCGGAAAAUUUUUGCAAACCAAACAACUCCCUAGGUAUUGUGGGAACGUUUGGUCGCACAUGCAAUAGUACCUCGCAAGGCCAAGACAAUUGCGAUAAUUUAUGCUGUGGGCGUUCUUUUGAGACUAAAGUGGGGUACACCAACGUUCCAUGUAAUUGUCGGUUCGUGUGGUGCUGUAAAGUCAAUUGUGAGACCUGCAAAGAAGAAAGAUCCAUUGAAACUUGUCUUUAGUUGUUGAUGCAAACGGAUACACAUAGUUGGAGUUGAAAUAAUGGCGAACACAAUGUUCGUUCUAUAGUUGCGUAUGUUACAUUUUAGUUGCAAUGUUUGCUAUUGUUUGAAUCUCGUUUCAGAGUUUCGCACAGCUUCUCGUGUAGAUUAAAUUUUGUAACUUUGCGUUUUCA